GAUGUGGACACCCAAGUACCAUCAUAGGCUACAUUAGGACCAUCAAAGGUUGCCAAACUAGAAGGUCACCGGAUGGUUGCUUGAAGUCAUUAUAGAGUUGUUAGCGACUGAUAGUCGACAGUCGUCCUGUCUGAAUGGGCAGCAGCAGCAGCAACCAUCUUCUCCAUUUCUACUACACAUCUUCCCGAGGAGCUUCUCGUUUCAACCCGCUCUCUGCCUAUUUCCUCUUCACUCCCUUGAGGAGAUAUAGUCAACCAAGCAAACAAAGCAAUGGCCAUGGAAAGGAGAAAGCUCCGACAAUGGCUGAAGAGUUCGAAAGAGUAGCCGAAGAAUUCAAGAGAGUUGCAGAAGCAAAGGCUCACCAAGGCGUUGCUAGUCAGACUAGCAAAAGGGUGCAAGAUGCCACUGAGGAGGCUGCACUCGGAGACGCCAGAGAUGAAUCUCUGAAGGAGAGGUACAAGGAGCCUGUUGGCAAGGGCAACUUCAAGAAGACGAUGACAGAUGAUGAAUAAGAGGGCACAAUAUUGGAGGUUGUGUUUCUUUCUUAUGCACAAUCAUGUGUAAUAAACACAAUUUGUGGUAUCAAAUAAGUUGAUGUAUAUAAUAACAUCACUGUAUUUGGGAAACUUGAGAACUUUGAAAUACAGUCUUGAAAUAGCAGUGUUUCUGGAUAACCAAAAAAAAAAGAUUUUUCAAGUGGGUUA